AAUGUAGGAAGCUGCUCGCCGGUAAAUCCGAGACAUGCACCCGCGAUAUGGAUAUCAUGUAAAAUUGUCACAAAACUGUAGCAUUUUAUAUCACAACCAUUGACGAAGUCAAAUGCAUUCCGCAAAUGCUAGACAACAUGGAUCGACCAGUGUUGUUCACACUAAAAUAGAUUUAAAGAUGGGAUUUAAUUAUUGUUAAUUUAUUCAAUGUAAUGAGCUUUGAAAGGGGAUUAUAACUUGUUUGACCAAAUCAGUACCAUGGACGGGGAGUGUGUGAAGCUACUGCCCCAACUUUGUAAAGUGCUGGCGGUUUCAGGCAAGUCUCUACCCGAUGACACCAGCUUGGAGAAAUUACUUGACUGGUUCAGCGGUCUCACGAAUUUAGGCACGGGUUUAGUAGAGGCAUGCCCAUGUCUACCUGAAUUCAUAUCCACUGUGAUUCAUAACGCGUCUCCCGACCCCACUAUACUCUCCUUUACCUUCAAACUCACUGGCUUAUUGGCUGCCACCGAGAGCAGUUUCAAACUGCUUCAGGAGAACUCUCUGCUGCUGGGGUCGGUUUUUGACCCUCAUCGCUGGCAAGAAGCCGGUUUCUGGGAUGAUCCUUGCGUGAGGAUAGGCUGGGUACAGGGCAUAAGGGCAAUGCUGCAGCACCCCCCUGCUCUACACUUCCUGGUGGAAUCAGACUUCACCAAGGUCCUCUUGCGGCUCCAGACAGACACAAGUCUAUUCGUUGCAGCGGCGGCCAAUGAUGUGCUAGCCCACGUCCUGGUCCACCAAUCGCAGUUGUCAGGGAAGUGUGUGGACAUGGAGAAAGAAGAGAAGAGCAGCAUCGGGAAGACUGUCACGAUGGAUGCAGAUGUUCAGCGUCUAGCACUCACCCUGGGGUCCAGCAGUGAUUAUGCGACUGUCGUCAUGGCGAUCUUGGAGCAUGUGAAGGCGUCGUUGGUCUCCAAGGAGAAUAAGGAGCGCCACCAGACCCUCCAGGGUCUCAGGCUACUGAUCGUGGUCUUUGGCCAGGCGAGAGCUCCCCUUCUGGGCAUUCUGCUCAAGGCCGUGUCGGAGCCCUUGGAGGCUCUGGUUGCAGAAGGGCACAGCCAGCUCCAUUUGCUUCUGCUAGAUGUUCUUCUCACUGCAUACAGCUGCUCCUCCCACGACAACCCGACCACAGGCCAACAUAACCCAACCCGAGACCAAGUCCUAAAUGACCCAGACUCGGGCCAGCCAGCCGACUCCCUGAUUUCCCACAUGCUGGAUACUUACAAGCCACCUGAACUAAUUCAUGCUGGGGCGGCACUUCUGCGCAGAGACCACCGUGACUUAAGCCACAAAGCCAAGGCUGCAGGACUGCUUCUCCUACCCCUUGAAAUGAUCACUGGCCUUACUCUACCGGGCACACAAUCUGCAGGAUCAGCAGAGCAGCGAUGCUCAUUGGCUGAGCUGAUGAACAGUAAAACCCCCUGCAUCUCCCUGCUUUGUGUCUGUCUGACGCAUGCCACUCUGCUAACGUGCACGCCUCCUGACGUGCUACCCUGUCCAAUAGGAAGUCUGGUAACUGUAAUCCUGUCGCUACUAAGAAUUUGCAGUGGCCAGGCCCCCAUUUCACCUAUUGGCUCCGCAAAAGCAUACCGGAACUUGAUUGGCUGUGGCAAGGUGCAAAGGUGUAGUCUCGAGGCCCUGACGGCUCUUGCUGUAAGCCCAGGUGCUGCUGAGAGGAUGAGCGAGGUCUUCUCAGUUCUGAUAGAAUAUUUAGAUAAUCCUGAUUCUGAACCCACUGUUCUACACAAGUCCUACCAGACCCUGCUCAAGUGGAUCAGUGUUCUUCCAGUCCCGUCAUCCUCAAUCAGAGACACAUUAGGACAAGAUCUGCUGUCAGUUGUGAGGAAGCGUGUGUGUGAUGUGCGCUGGGAGGUCAGAGACUCCACCGUGGAGUUUCUGGGAGCUCUGGCGGCUUUGUCUCCCUCUAAUGACUCAGCCCAGUGUGCGUCUGAGAACCCACUUGUCUGCAGUUUCACUCCCCACCUUGUGGAGGCGCUGCAGGACCCUGAGAGCUACGUGAGGGCUAGUGCCAUCAAAGCGCUGGCACAGACAUUUACACUCGGCUGGCAACAGGGGGCGGCACCCAGUCAACAACAGACUGCGUUAGUGAAGCAGCUACUGGAUAUCCUCUCUGGGGACACGGAGGGAUUUCCGCGGAGGGCAGUGAUACGGUACUUCUCCUCCUGGUUCUCUUUGUGGUCCCAGAAUGCACCGGGACUACCACCACCUCGCUCCUCCUCCUCCUCCUCCUCUUCCUCCUCCUCACCACUGCUCCUGACCUCCUCCGUGGGCUCGGUGCUCUCGCUGGGCAGCGCCGAUCUGGACUGGGAGGUCAAAGUUCACACCCUGGAGCUGGCUCGGCUCCUGCUCCACCGAGCGCCUUCCCCUCUCGGCGCGUCGGCGUCGCUGUCGGGCUCCGACGCCCCUCCGCACCCCUACGCGGUGACGGGCCAGUGGGCCGGUCCGGGGGGGCAGGGGGAGGCCGGGGCCGCGGACCCGGGGGGUGCGCUGGCCGGUCUGGUUGAGCAGGGGGUGUUGGCGGUUCUGCUGAGCGGCCUGUUCGACUGCGACCGGCCGGUGGCUCUGAAGGCCUGCGGCCUGCUGAAGGACCUCAGGGACGCCGUCUGCCCCACCCCCGCCGGCGCCGCCCCGUCCGCCGCCGCCGUCGCCGCGGUGACCUGUAAGCUGCAGGGGUGCAGCUGGGGGAAGGAGGUCGAGGCGCUGCUGGAGAGAGCCGGCGUCGUAGCGAAUGGGAGCAAGGGGGCGGGUUCCAAGGGUUGUGAUUGGACUGGAGAUGAGGAGGAGGAGGAGGAGGAGGGCGGUGGGAGCGUUGGGGUGUGCGAUGUGUUGCGCUCGCUGGAUUUGGACGAGAGGCUGUCGGUUCUGAGCCAGAGCAGCGACCACGUGCAGAACUCUCCCCUGUCUCUGCUGCAGGACAUCCUGAGCAGUGGAGACCGGCACGCUGACCCCAACAGCCAAGAGGUCAUAGUGGACUGCUACUGACGCAAACCCACACACACUGUUUUUUGUGCGAUAAUUCUUCUACAGUUACUAAAAUGUAAAAUGUGUGUCAGGCACAUGUUAAGUCUAUUGUGAUAAUCUAUGGAAGUACCUUUAUUUUAUUAUCAUACAUGAUGAUACAGGAAUCGAAGUGCACUUGCUUGAUGAAUUAUAUUUUUCAUGUGAAGAUGAAUUGUGAAAUGAAUAAAUGUCUUUUCAUAUU